AUGCUCUCUGGUGAGAACCCCUGGCUCUCCCCGUCUGGUCUAGCUGCCGUCCUGAAUCCGUCGUCGUCUACUCCCGGUGGACCUCCUCCUAAGCCCCCUGUCCCCCCUGACCCCCUCGCCAUCGCCUUUGGUGAUUUCCCUCCUCUCUCUUCCUCCCCCACGAAACCCUCUGCUUCAAUCACUAUUCACCCCACUGUUCACUCUCAGAUUACUUUCGCUUCUACUACUUUGCCAGCCAAAGAUCUAAUCUCUACUACCGCAGAUCAACCUAAUGGCUCUGAUGUCACCAUGGAAGAUUCUGUAGACCUCACUCAAACUACUUCUAGAUCUGAAAUUGAUACAGUAGCUCAAGCUAUUGAACCCUCUUUCACUAUUCUUCCUCCAAAACCCUCUUCUCCCAUCAUCACAAACCGAGCUUCUGGCCUCCCCCGUAAUCCCACCACCUCCUCUCGGUUUUCCCCCUCAAUAACCCUUAACCCCACUCUUCCUGCACCCACAAUACCCGCUGAGACCCUUCCCUCUGCUACUACCCCAUCGUCCUCUGAAAAUUUUAUUCCUCCUUCUAACCCCCCUCACCCAUCAAAUCGAAACAAAAAUUCUAACCCUCCUAAAUCUCUCCCAAACAAUUCCCAAUCUUAUGCUGCUAAAGCUAAACUUCUCUCUGACCGCUCUCUGAAGCGUGUCGCCCCCACUACUAUCUCCCCUGGUGGGAAGCCUCGUGUGCAUGUUCCUGAUGCAGUCUUUGAGAGUGGAGCUGCUCUGCAUAAAGAGUACGUUGUUGGUUCAUUCUUGGGUAAAAUGCCUGACUAUGGACCAAUACAAAGUGUACUAAACUACAUGUGGGGCAAAGGCUCUAAGCUUGAAAUUCACCUUCAGCCUCUGAAACACUCUAUGCUAGUUAGAGUUCCAAAUGACUUCAUCAGGUCAAAGAUAUUGGAAAAAAAAUUGUGGUAUGUGGAUACCUCGAUGUUUUAUGUCUCGCAGUGGGGUAGCAAUACUACUGAGUCCUACCCGGAGAUAACUUCAAUUCCUCUCUGGGCUCACCUACGUGGUAUCCCUUUUGAUCUGCGCACUAAAGUAGGUCUCAGUCAUGCUGCAGGCUUGGUGGGUGAACCUAUAGAAACAGAUGAUUACACAAAAAAUGUCUCAAGCUUGAAUAUAGCGCAUGUUAAAGUGGAGGCUGAUCUUACCAAAUUGCUUCCUUAUGAAGGGGAGCUUGUGAGAGAAAAUGGUGAGAUCAUUACUAUUGGGAUUGACUACCCGUGGGUACCUCCUUCUUGCACUCACUGUCGACGCAUUGGGCACAUCACAAAAAACUGUAUUUAUCCCCCUGCCAAGGAUCAAACUCCUACUGCUGAAAAUGAUGGCUCUACCCCUCCUGUACCUAUCCCAUCGAUUAAUCUGCAAGGGUUCUCGCCAAAUGUGAUGAUGGAGCCUCCGGCUGUUGUAGCUGCCGUUUCUGAUCAAUCGGAAGCUAUAGAAGAAUCUGCUGUAGUCUCUCUUCCUCCUGUUCUGGAAAGUGAUUCUCAAGCAGCUGUUGACUACAUCACUGACUCUCUGCUUCCUCUUUCUGAAUCAGUGCUCCCCCCUCCUACCACCCUUGUUACUAAUGUGUUGGAAAUUUCACCCCCUCAGCCUUUUAUUUUUUCCUCCCUCCCCUCUUUCCCUAUUACCUCUACCCCUCCCCUAUUGCCUGUCCAUACUCUUUCCUCUUCAACCCCACCGCCCUCCCCUCCCUCAUCCUCUGCCCUUUUAAGCCCCACUACUGUUUCCUUCGCUUCUGACCCUGCUCUUGCUUCGGUUGUGGUCAGUUUAGCAGCUGUGCGUGCUCCUUUAUCCAAUUCCUAUAUAGCCAAAAAACAAGCUUCUCUUUUUAACUCCCCUCUUAUAUCCCUCCCUCCCGCUUUUUUUGACAAGUCUUCUGCUUCUUGGAAAGCUUCUACCACCCAAAUAAAAUCCCCAUCCAUCCCUCCGCCUAGCUUUGUAAUCUCUAACCCUUUUUCUUCCCUAGCUACCAUUAACCCUGAGGACUCCAUCUUGGAUGGUACUCCUCCCCAACCUUCCCUAUGA